GUUCUCUGUUAAAUAUCUAUGCCGUGUGUUAUCCACCACAUGUUCCUUUGCAAGUCUUGAGACCCGGUUCCAAUGACACCGCUUGUGUUCGUAAAUGCUAAUUUUUGCGUGCUUCUAUUUAGCCAUAUUGAUAUAACGUCAUGGAGUUUGAUCUGCAUUAGGCCAGUGCUGUGGAUACUACCAUGAGAGAUGAUCGUCCGUGUAUGGAGAGAGCACACGAGGGAUGCUGCACACAGCAGCGUCGUUAUAUUAUGGCCUCAGCACCGUCAUAUCGUUAGCUCAGCAUCAUCAUAUCCUUAGCUCAGCACCGUGAACCUCACAACACCACAUGGGCUCCACUACAACUGCCUCGCUACCUGGAGUGAUGUGGCGAUGAUCACUCAGCAACCUUUGCUUGACAACGCUCUCAACCGGCAUAACGCUCACCAUUUAAACCAUGUGAGUCCUGUGAUCCUGCAUAGUCCCUACACCUUUACAAUAUAUACACUCGAACUGUUGCACCCACGUCCCUGUGAAAUGGCAGAUUCUGCUUCCAAGAUCUUCAGCCAUAUCCCUCGACAAAUGCCGUUAGACUGCCAUAUAGGCCAAUAUCGAAGCUUUCUGCCACCCACAACAUCGCCAUAUCGUGGAAUUUACCCAACUCUGUUACAAUACGCACCUCACUAUCCACCUUCCACCCUUUCCCACGUCCUAGCAAUGGCCAAGAGUACCAAAUACACACGUAACCUGCGUGUAAUCACCAAGCUCGCCCAGAGUGCAAACCCAUGCUGUGCGCUCCUGUACGCUUCACACGCGUAUUGUAACAACCACACAACCACACAGCUACGCACACUGCUCGCAACAACUCCACCGGACCUCUUCACAAUAGAACAGGACUCUCAACCCAGUGCUAGCAGCAGUACGAUCUCUCUCAUCCAGCUCUUUCCCACGUUGUUUAAACGCUAACGCAAGAGAAACAGCGCUCUAUGCACAUGCAACAGAGGCAGUGCAACAGUGACUCGGUUACCCAAUGCGGCACAAUUGCGAAAACAUUUGC